AAACUAAGAUAUUGACUAGCUGCAACAGUUUGUUGUCUGCCGUCUGCUGCUGUUCAGUGAGCUUUGUGAGAUCUGUUUCUCUAAACGUCUGCGCUAUUUCUCAUACCACUCAUUCGCCGUGAUAACCGACAAGCGUGUAGUAUGUCUGACGCAGCUGACGCUUUGAAAUACUUCAUGAUGGUGGGAAAAUUGAAGGACAUCCGGAGGACAGGCUGGGUCCUAAGAGGAGUCCCCGACCCCGAGAGAAUCGCCGGUCACAUGUACCGCAUGGCUAUCAUGGCAAUGAUGCUUGGCAACAGUCCAGACGCGGGCAUCGAUAAGGACAAAUGCGUGAAAAUGGCAUUGGUUCACGACAUGGCAGAAUGCAUCGUGGGAGACAUAACACCAACUUGCGGCGUCAGUCAAGAAGAGAAGUUCAAGAGAGAGGCAAGUGCUAUGCAAGACCUUGGUCACUUGGUAGACUCCGUUACAGAAAAGGAGUUCACUGGUCUCUGGCAGGAGUACGAAGCACAAGAGACACCAGAAUCUCAAGCCGUGAAGGACCUGGACAAGUUCGACAUGAUUCUGCAAGCUCACGAGUAUGAAGUAAGGAUGGAAGAUCCCGGAAAGUUGCAAGAGUUUUUCGACAGUACCAAUGGAAAGUUCAGGCAUCCCAAAGUUGUCCAGUGGGUUGAAGAACUCUACAAGCUGCGUUCAGAUCACAUAAGCGCGGCAGAGAAUGGAGAUCAUCGGUGAGAUGUCCUGUAACACCACUCUUCUGCCUGCCGCAUUUUAUUUUUAUGAAUAAAACAAUCGUAGCAUUUUAUUUAUA